AUGAUGACAGUGGCGUGCUCAAUGGCAACUGGAGUGAGAAUUACUCAGAUGGUGUCAACCCUGCAGAGUGGACAGGCAGUGUGGCUAUCCUGAAGCAGUGGCAUGCCAUGGGCUGUCAGCCGGUGCGCUAUGGGCAGUGCUGGGUCUUUGCUGCUGUCAUGUGCACAGGUAGGAGUGAUGCGGUGCCUUGGGAUCCCCACCCGUGUGAUCACCAACUUUGACUCCGGCCAUGACACAGACGGAAAUCUGGUCAUAGAUGAAUAUUACGACAGCACAGGCAGGAUUCUGGACAACAAGAAGAAGGAUAGCAUCUGGAAUUACCACGUGUGGAAUGAGUGCUGGAUGGCCCGCAGGGACCUCCCUCCUGGCUAUGGGGGCUGGCAGUUACUGGACGCCACGCCUCAGGAAACCAGCAAUGGCCUCUACUGCUGUGGGCCCGCGUCCGUCAGGGCCAUUAAGGAAGGGGAAGUGGACCUCAAGUACGACACGCCUUUUGCGUUUUCCAUGGUGAACGCCGACUGCGUGUCCUGGCUGGUCUACGGAGGGAAAGAGCAGAGACUGCACGGCACCACCAACGCCGUCGGCAGCUUCCUCAGCACCAAGGGCGUCCGCAGCGACGAGCGGGAUGACGUCACUGAGAGCUACAAAUAUGAAGAAGGUUCCCCCCAAGAAAGGCAGGUGUUCUUGAAGGCGCUACAGAAGCUCCAGGCUAGAAGGGUCCCAGACCUUCGAGAAGCAGCUGCACCACUUCCCACCCCCAUGCCACUGAGCCGGAACAGCCCUCGGAGCCUGGAUACAUCCUCCCUACCAUCCAGCAACGCUGCCCAGGUCUCCCUGAAAUUCAAGCUUGUCGACCCACCCAACAUGGGCCAGGACAUAAACUUGGUCCUGCUGGCUAUCAACAUGUCACACCAGUUCAAGGACCUCAAGGUGAACCUGAGUGCCCAGUCCUUGCUGCAUGAUGGUAGCCCCCUGGCCCCGUUCUGGCAGGACACAGCCUUUAUCACACUCUCGCCUGAAGAAGCGAAGACCUACCCCUGCACAAUCCCCUAUUCCCAGUACAGCCAGUACCUAUCCACAGACAAGCUGAUCCGCAUCAGCGCCCUGAGUGAAGAGAAGAACAGUCCAGAGAAAAUCCUGGUGAACAAGAUCAUCACCUUGGCAUACCCAAGCAUCAUGAUUAAUGUCCUAGGGGCAGCCAUUGUGAACCAGUCACUCUCCAUUCAGGUGAUAUUUUCUAACCCCCUCUCAGAGCAGGCUGCGAAUUGUGUGCUGACUGUGGAAGGCAGUGGCCUCUUCAAGAAACAGCAGAGAGUCCUCAUCGGAGUCCUCAAGCCCCAACACAGGGCAAGCAUCACUCUGAAGACCAUUCCUUUCAAGAGUGGCCAAAGGCAGAUCCAAGCUAAUCUGAAGAGCGACAAGUUUAAGGACAUCAAAGGCUACAGGAACGUAUAUGUAGACUGUGGGUUGUAA